CUGAUUGGCUGUGGGCGGUGCCGCUCUCCUGAGGGAGUUCGAACGAGGCGGGAAGCGGCUGGAGGGAGAGCGGCGGUCGGUACUGGCUCUGCGGGUCGCGGUGUGGGAGGCUGCGCCGGGUUCCCCUCAGCUCCGGCCUUCCCGCGGCCUGCGCUUCUCCUUCCCUCACCGGGUCUCCCCCGCCGCCAUGUCGGUCGAUCCCCGGGCCUACGAAGCGCAGUUCUUCGGCUUCACCCCGCAGACGUGCCUGCUGCGCAUCUACAUCGCGUUCCAGGACUACCUCUUCGAAAUCAUGCUGGUGGUGGAGAGCGUCAUCCUGAAGAAGCUGGAGCGCCUUCCCGACUCUAAAAUCACCCCCUUCCAGAUCCGGAAAAGCACGGAGAACUUUCUUCUCUUCAUGAGGCAGCAGUUUGAUAAACUCUUCGGUACGAUGGAAAAAGUGCUUCUGCAGCUGGUGUUAAACAUCCCCAAGAACGUGCUUCUCCCCGAGGACAAGGCCCACGAGCAGUACCCGUACAGCAGGGAGCAGUUCCAGGCGCUGCAGGACGAGAUCAAGCAGCUGCAGCAGCAGUUCCGGGCCGAGGCGGCCGCCGGGCAGGCGCUACGGGCAGAACUGGAGGAGCAAAAGGUGGUUCAGGCCGAGCUCGAGAAGAUUUUACAGUGGUUUGACGGGCUGGAGAAUGUCUGUAGGGAGCAUGGGACCGGCAACUUCAAAGAAAGCUUUGCGUUCUUGACACAGAACUCCAAGAAGCUGCGAGAUGUGCUGAAAGACGUGGAAGAGAAAAACAAAAAAAUACAGAAGUGUGAGCAGUUGUUGUAAUGGAAAUUCUGUAAAGGCAGUAAAAAUAAUUUGAAUGGGUUGCUUAAAAUGAUACAGGUUUAUCUUUCUGGAAGCAUCUGCCUUAAUCCCUUACUCCUUUAUUCCUGGCAGGAUCUAGACUAGAAGCUGCUGAAUGGUCAGUUUACGCCUAUUUUGCACCUCUCUAGGGAGGCAGGGAGAGGAAAAACCUGUAGAAUGUAACUCUGAAACUGGUGAUUUGGAAUAAGUUUUGGGUUGGAUAAUCUGGCCAUGAAUGCCCGUUCCUGACUUUAUGAAUGUCAACUCUGAACACAACGUAGCAUUUGUUUAUUGUAAGGAUUAUUUGUUUAAAAAAAGAUGCCUAAGUAAGACCUGUAGGAAGUGAAUUUCCAGACUGACACCAGUUCAGAGUUGGUGUUUCCAGCAGUGUGGAGGUUGGGGCUCUGUGCCAGCUCCCUGUGCUGUGCUGCACACGCAGGUUCUGCUUAAGGCCGAGGUGCCGUUCACUGUGUUUCCAAACCCAACAACAAGGACGUUCACAGAGAAGAGCGAGAUGGUAACACUGUUGUCAUGGCUCUGAUGAGAAAUAGAUCUGUUUGCAUCAAUACUGAUUUUCAACCCAAUUUCUGAAAUAUCUGGGUUAUUCACCUCCACAUGAGUUUGCAAGGAGGCAGCUUGUGUUUUCUUUAGGUGAGGAGCACAAGCUGCUCCAGAGACCGAGAGAACCCACUGGAGGAAAAGAGCAACUCAAUCACUUUGUUCUGCUUUAGCUUGUGGUGCUUUGUCUAUAUAUUUUGUUUUGAUAUUUUGUCACCCAGUGUCCUUUUUCUACUAAAUAUCCAAGUUCAUUUUACUCGUGUUUAAUCAGAUUUCCAUGUACAAAUGUUGUGAAGACUGACUGAAGUGCUCGAGUUCUUUGAAGUCACUUCAUUAAGCUUUUUCUAUCUGUACUUCCUUCACCAUACAUCAGUCUGUCUGCAUCUUUCUGUUUGCCUCAGCAGCUUUUGAAUCUACUGUACAGACACAUCAUGAAAUAUCAAUACUAAUUUCUAUUUUACUAAGAUAGAUGUUUGAAAGACAUCAAACUUGUGAGUGAUUUAGAAGUUACAGCAAUAAAAAUGUAUUAAAAGCAUAAA